CGGAUCUCUACACGUGAUACCUAGUCACGUGAUCUGCCGGUAUUCUUUCUAAUGUUUACCUUUCACUCUUGUUGAUUAACUUGUUAUCCUCGUGUAAACCCGCUGGAUUUAUUGAAUACCGGAACAGACCGACUCGAGGGUGUGGUCCCCAUGUUUUUGGUCAAAAACGGUGAAUUAAUUUACGAAAAUUCAUGGAUUUGGACGGUAUUAUUUGACAUCAUCUGGUACAUGAUGUACGUGAGUCAUAAGGACACUGUGGACCUUUCCCUAUGCAGGUAAAAUGACUGAUCAGUAAUGGAGACUCCAUCAUUACCACAUGAGGUCAUUUCUCACAUUCUGACCUUUCUUCAUCCGUCAGACCGUAAAGAAGCCUCGCUGGUCUGCAGGAGCUGGUAUGAAGCAAGCCAAGAUCAUCAGUUUCAGAAAAAUGUCACGUUCAGGUUUCCGGCUUGUGCGUCUUCGUUAGGGUUUAUCCGUGGUCUCGCAUGCCGGCCUCGAUGCAGUCUGAUAAUCAGCCAUGUGGACGACUCCAAUCUGUCACGUCAAGUUCUGGAGGAGGUCAGAGUUCACCUUGGGGCUCGGCUUGAGGGUCUGUCACUGCCCCGGAGCUGCAUGAUGGAGUCGUCGCUCCUGAAACUGCUGCCGUGCCUGACCGGCCUGCGCAAACUCGACCUUAACGGCCUCGACAGUCUCUUCAUGUCAGGAGCUUUCCUGAGCCACGAGGAGCAUCGACAGCAGGUUCGUACAGUGCUGAAGAACCUGGAAGAAUUGGGCCUGUCUGACCUGCGCUACCUCUCUGACCUCACCUUUAACCGUCUAACAGGCUGCACUCAGAGACUCCGUCAUCUAGCGCUGGCUGGCUGUCACAUCGCUUUCGAGUUUGACCCGUACCUAGGCUGCCCGGUGGGCCCGGGCUCAUCAGCCAUGCUGUCUCUGAGGAACCUGCUCCGGCUCCUUCAGGAUCAGAGCUCCACGCUGUGCAGCCUGGACCUCAGUCGCACCUCCAUCACCCCUGAGUCUCUGCGCUCACUGGCUCGUGUCCCAGGACUCCACCUGGAAGAGCUGAGCCUGUCCGGCUGUAAGAAGCUCACCGAUUACUCCAUUGAGCAGCUCUGCAGGCACCAGAGAGGCCUCUACAAGCUGGACUUGAGCGGCUGCACGGAACUGACGAGCCGCAGCGUGCUGGCUGUAGCUGCCGAGCUCAAACAGCUCCGGAGUCUCUCGCUGUCCCACGUCUGGAGGAUGACAGAAAAAGGGCUGGCAGAUUUAAUGACGUUGCCAGCUCUGAGCUCACUGGACCUGGCUGAAUGUAUUCAUGUGAGCGGAGUGGAGCUGGUGAAAGGCCUGUCGUCCCCACGGCCCAGAGCUCAGCUGGAGAAACUCAGCCUCAGGAACUGCACCUACAUCCGGGACAUUUGCUCACUAGCUCAGCUGUUGACGUCCAGUCUGAAAGAGCUGGAUCUGACCUCCUGCGUUGUCCUCAAAGACUCGAGUGUCCGCGCUAUCGCCUCCUACCUGCCCGGGUUGCAGGUGCUGUGUCUCGGCUCGUGUAAAUUGAUUACAGACUGGGGGCUGCUCGGGAUGGAGGAGCCCAGCGAUGGCAAAGAGCACAGCAAGCAUACGCAGGAGGAUACAGAGCCCAGCUUUACCCGGACUUUCGGGAACAUGGGUUUCUUUCAGCCUCCUAGAAUGCCGUUUGAUGAGAAACCAUGUCUGGUCACUGAUGAGGACUUGGGCGCCUUCAGGGAGCAGGAAGGAGCCUCGUUGCGGGCGAUCAAGGGUCUACAGGAGCUCGACCUGACCGGCUGCUCCAAACUGACAGACAUCAGCAUAACGCAAGUGCUGCGUUUCCCCGUGCUCCAGCGCCUCUCUCUCGCCAUGCUGCCAGAGAUCAGUGAUGAGGGCGUGGCAUCUGUAGCUCUUCACUGCCGCUGCCUGACCAGCCUGGCGCUGAGCGGCUGUUCCCGGCUCACGGACGAGGGUCUGGCUCGCGCCCUGCCUCACCUGCACAGACUGCAGCACCUGCAGCUCGCCUACUGUGACGGCAUCACAGACAGGUCCCUGAGCCUCAUAGUCCAGCACUGUAAGAGACUGAGGACGCUGGAUAUCUCCACGUGCAGAGACAUCACUGUAACUAAAGUGGACCUCCUCCAGUCCCACCUGCCCUUUUUGGAAAACGUGCAUUAUCGGUCUGUGGGUGGAGCAGACUUAAUCCUCACGUUCUGAUUAACGGUACUGUUGUGUGGAAAAAGUUUUGGUACCACUACAACAUUACAAUGUACAUUUUAAACAUUUAGAGAAGGUGAGAUAUACAACUAAAACGUGGACCAACAAACCAUCCAAGCUUCAUCGCUGUGUAAUUUUCCCCUCGCUCAUAUACCGUCAAAUCCUGUUGGGCUUCCGAUAUUCAUUCCCGCCUCCUGCGCACGGAUCGGCAAGUUGUUCUGACACACAAGCAUUCGGACCAUACGACAGUUAUCGGUAACACUUUCUAUGACGGUCACAGCUACAAUGAACUAUGAGCAUAUUCAUAUCAUGUCAUAAAGCAUUGAUAAGUUAUUACACACGUGGUUGUAUCAAUACUAUUUAUUGAUAUAAAAUGCAUGACACUUUAUAGCUAUCUGUAUUAUGCAUGAUGGAUUCUAAGUAGUGUUCAUGACACAUUAUAACGUUGAGAAGGUUUGUAAAUGCUGCCUUUUUUUUCCCUUUAACGAAUCAGUUAUACCAGAAAGAUUGUCAGGAAAUCAUUCUGCAAAAUGUUACAACUUGUCAGCGUGUGUACAACGAAACAUAAUGCACUAAUGAAUUUAUUUGGUAUUGGCGAUUAUAAUGCAUCAUAAACACUGCUUAUAAAUUGUAAACGCAUUUUAAACACUUCUAUAAACCAUUAUACACAUACAUCUUUUCCUAAAUAGUUCUAACCAUAUGAACACACAAUGUUUAUGAAGGCUUUCAUAGGUCACUAUAGACGUGGCCUUAAUAGAAAGUGUUACCAAAUAAUCGACUCAAGUUCAGGUUGCUAGGAUAAUGUGACAAAAUGCUAUUUGACAAUGUUUGUUUUUUUUCCUGUUAAUUUGCCUUCAUGUUUCUCUGAAGCGUUUGUUAGCUUGUUUCCUCUUUGCACAUAAACUCUAAAAGGUAAAAUACAUAAAAUAGUACCUUAUGCACUUGAAAUGCCAUAAACAAAUGGCUUUUUUUCUUUGUAAUAUGCAGUGUAUACAGGUGCAUCUCAAAAAAUGUGAAUAUCGUGGAAAAGUUCAUUUUUUCCGUAAUUCAAGUCAAUAAAUUAAUUUAAUAAUUAAUUUAAUAAAUUCUUUAUUCUAAUAUUUUGAGAUACUGGAUUUUUGAUUUCCAUGAGCUGUAAGCAGUAGUCAUCAAGAUUAAAACAAAAAAAAAAGGCUUGAAAUAUUUCACUUUGUGUAAUGAAUCUAGAAUAUGAAUGUUUCUACAUUUAAAAAACCCCGUAAAGAGCAGUAAACAAAUAAAUUAAACAGUCGAUAUUUGGUGUGUCGACGAUUUGCUUUAAAAAUUUUUAUCAGUAGUCUCAGGUACAAUUUGUGCAGUUUUAUUGAGCAUCUUGCAGAACCAGACCCAGUUCUUUUGGAGACUUUGACAUUCGCACUUGCUUAUUUUUGCAGCAAAACCCAGCAGCCUUAUACGCUGCUUUCUUUACUGACAUACAAACAUUCUUCUGUAACAUUUAAUUUUGUGCUGGAAAACUAAUGUUAAUAGUAAUACAAUAGGGUGCCUAAAACUUUUGCACAGUACUGUAUAUUAUAUAUUACAGGUACGAAAUGUUUUUUGUACAGGCAUAGAGCAAGAAAAUCAGAGCAAAUCCAUUUUUUCUAACUUUAUAAACUACUAAACAAGUCCAUUUUAAUCAACAUUUGAACAAACAUUUCAAAGAGUACACAGGUUAUUAGGGAUGAUUCUAUAUGUUAACAAAUAAUAAUUUUUACCAAAAAAAAAGUUGUGUUCGGUCUUUACAGUAUAACAGUAUAUAUGUAAAGUACAACACCCCGAGUACAGUGAGUUGUCCAAACACAAGUCAUUUGCCUUUAAUAUCAUAUAUCACACACACACACACACACAUUAUAUCAGUGAUGCAGAUGAUUGUGAUGGCGCAAAGCUGAAACGUGUACACAGCAUGUGGAAAGGCUGUCACUGGUACAGUGAAAAGUUUUUACUGCUGUUAUUGCACAAAUAGUAAAGCCAUAGUGUACUGUACCAGGGGAUUUAAUUUAUUAUGUAUGCAUUUUAAAUAUAUUUUAAAUAAGUAUAUUCAUCAUCCAGUAUGAUAUGGAACAACUUUGAUUCAAUCUGAUAUUUGAUAAUACCACAGAAACUGAUCCAAUACAAUAUAAUUCAAUUUGAUUUAGUAGCCACGGAUCGAUAUCAACCAAUCAGUGUUGAAUGUUCUGGGGUGAAUAUGAAUGAUUUUUUCACAAACCAGCUGUUUGUUUACUUUUUUCAAAAAUAAUCAGUUUAUAAUUGUUGCAGGACUAACUUCAAGCGAUGCCUUUUAAAAUCAAUGCAUCAAAGUAAAUCAUCAGACCGUUACACUCGUACAACAAAGUAAUGCUGCUUUCACACUUGCACAUGCUUUUACGCAGUCAGACAGCAAUUUAACCAGAUUGGAAGAUUUGGAUAACAAUAAACAUCGCAAAACUUAAAAACGAUUGUCUUGUUACUUUGCAACCUGAAAACACUGACUAUGAAACAUCUCCGAUUGAACGUAUUAAUAUUUUCUCACUAACAAGACUUUUUUUUUUCUUUUUUCCCCACGUAGCACUGUGUUCCCUUAAUUUCAAAUACAUUUGAUGUCAUUGUACACUUUUUUUUUUUUUUUUCCACCUGAAAAGUUGAGCAAUUUAUGUCUCGGGACAGCUUUUUCUGGUAAAACUUGCACUAAUGGUUGAGGAAAAAGUGUGAAAGCAGCUUAAUUCCACUGAAACCGUUAAUGAUGAUCCCACACCGGACUUAAACGAUUUCCCAUAGCACUUAAAACUUUAGUCAAACUAUCUUUAAAUAAAACAGGACUGUGCAAAAAUAUUUAUUCAGGUACCCUCAUUUCUUGAUGUAGUUCAUAUGUACUUCAUUUAAGUUCAUAUGAUUAUUUGGGUUCUGUAUUAAUGUGCUGAUUUACAGAAGAGCUGAUUCUCAAAAUGAUUUCCAGGCGUUUGUUUUACAGAGUGUACCGUGUUUGCUGAUGAAAUCAGAAAGAUAUUAAGGAAAUAUUAAGGAAAGUAAGAUGCUUAAAAUAAACAACUGAUUUGAUGAUGUUACGAAGAUGAAGGUUCAUCACGUUGACCUGGUUUCUUUCUCUUUUUUUUAAUGUAUGUCAUUAUUUUGGAAGAAUCUUCACAUUAAAGUAUUUACAGAACUGCUGCACAUGAUUAAUUUUGUUUGUCGAGUUGUUGUAUAGCUAAAUACCUGUUUGUGUUAAGCACCAUGCCUUUAUUAACAACAUUCUAUUGUCCUUACAAGAUAAAAUGAAAACAGUGAAAACAAUUGUUGCUCAGAUCUACAGCGGUGCUUUAAAGAUCAUUUUGUAUGAUUUGUGACCUCUAUUAUUUCUGAAAUUUUUAAGACAUGUCACAAAAUGCACCAUUAUUAUUAUUAUCAUUAUUAUUAUUAUGUGCCAAGUACCUCAUGUACCAGUUACUGAAAAAAACAUUUCUCUGUUCGUGCCAGUUGUUAAUAUUAAAGUCUUGUUCCACCACAAUAGCUGCUCACACAAUAAUUACACAAUAUUGUUAGAUUUUGUAGAAAAUAAAAACCAUUUCAGUGCCUCGUCAAAGUGUAAACUAUUGCAUAUUUACUACCAUCAGGUAAUAUUCACGCUUUUUAGUAUAUUGUAUAUCAUUGAAUGUUUAAAGAAACUCUUACUUCGAGCUUGGGAAAUUUUCCCUGAAAACAUUUCCCCUAAAACUAUCAGUUUGCAAUGUCUGCAGGGUGAAUUGCAAUAAAAGCAUUAAGAUGACCAUGACCAUACUAUAAAUAAUUUGCUGUGAGUUUUAAAUCGUCAGUUUUAAGGUAAUUUAAGGAAUACAGGCAGAGCUGAGCAGCUUUGGUUUCCGGGUGGGGGCGGGGCUAAUUUCAGGGCCAAAAAAAAAUGUGAACAGAAUCUUAAAGUGAAAAAAAAAAUAGGCGUAUUCUUUGCAUAGCAAUAUUGUGGAAAAAAAAUUUCUAAGGAAUCUGUGAAAUUUUAUUUUUAGCACAGGUCAAUCAUUAACAGUGGCGAAAUCGUGUACUGUGACAGCACCUACUGCUCGGCUGUUGAUACAGUACGUAUUGAUCAGUAUAUGUGUAUAUAAUCUGUACAUACUACAUCCGCCAUGUUGGCAUUGUCACAUGACCUACAACAUU